ACGGGAGUGAGGUACCGAAUCAGCCCGUCUGGCCCCUGAGAUCCGGCCCUGGAGCCUUCGGCCUCGGACUCCGGGGCUGCAAGAUGGAGGAAGGUGGGAAUCCGGGAGGCCUGCUUAAGGUGGUCCAUCUACUGGUCUUGUCAGGUGCCUGGGGCAUGCAAAUGUGGGUGACCUUCGUCUCAGGUUUCCUGCUUUUCCGACACCUUUCCCGACAUACCUUUGGCCAGGUGCAGAGCAAACUCUUCCCUUUAUACUUUCACAUCUCCAUGGCAUGUUCCUUCAUCAACCUCUGCAUCUUGGUUCCUCAGCACGCCUGGGCUCAGCUCACAUUCUGGGAUGGCAGCCAGGGCUCCCCCCAAGAGGCUCCUGCCAAGAUGGCAUCAGCUGGAGACCCCCCUGCGGGCCCCCGGGACGCGGCUGACCAGAACUUCGACUACAUGUUCAAGCUGUUGCUGAUUGGUAACAGCAGCGUGGGCAAGACGUCCUUCCUGUUCCGAUAUGCGGACGACUCCUUCACGCCCGCCUUUGUGAGCACUGUGGGCAUCGACUUCAAGGUCAAGACCGUCUACCGCCAUGACAAGAGGAUCAAGCUCCAGAUCUGGGACACGGCGGGUCAGGAGCGCUACCGGACGAUCACCACAGCCUACUACCGUGGGGCCAUGGGCUUCCUGCUCAUGUAUGACGUCGCCAACCAGGAGUCCUUUGCCGCCGUGCAGGACUGGGCCACGCAGAUCAAAACCUACUCCUGGGACAAUGCCCAGGUCAUCCUUGUGGGGAACAAGUGUGACCUGGAGGACGAGCGUGUCGUAUCUACCGAGGAUGGCCGGAGGCUCGCCGAUGACCUUGGUUUUGACUUCUUUGAGGCCAGCGCCAAGGAGAACAUCAACGUGAAGCAGGUCUUCGAGCGCCUGGUGGAUGUCAUCUGUGAGAAGAUGAAUGAGUCCCUGGAAGCCACCUCGAGCCCUGGCAGUAAUGGGAAAGCUCCAGCCCUGGGGGACGCCCCGCCCCCCCAGCCUAGCAGCUGCAGUUGCUAGAGCUGGCCCCCAUCCCCCGCCUACCCCCUUCUGCCUCGGCAGGGACUGUGACCAAGGCAUGAGCCACAAGGGCUGUCUCCAAGCUCAGGGCACCCCUUUCCCUCCCAUUAGCUGCCCCCCACUCCUGCAUGGCUUACCCCCUCACCACAUCACCGUGGCCACCAGCCUGCUCAAGCAGUCCCAGUCAGAGGGUGCAGACCCUAGGGACUCAGCUGUGCACUGCAGGCAGGGCCCUGGGGACAUGGACAUAUGCACGAGCUUGCUGCUUUACAAGGUGUGUUAAGCAGGGUAGUGUGGGUGGCAUGUCCCACCCACCUCAUGGAGGGACAUCCACAGUGCCUUCUGGGUCAGACUCCUAUUCCAGGUCCAUUCAUUUUGCGUUGGGCAUUGACUGGCGUUCACAAGCUGGCUGAAGACGGUUUGUCUUCUCUUUGGUGCAGUGUGUUUCUUUGGGUUGGUCCCUGGAGAUGUGGAAGGCAGCUUCUCUUUCUCAGGUCCCCCAGUCUGGUCCCUGAGUCUGCCCCAUGAACCUUCGAGACUCCAAGGUGGGAUGGCGAUUUUGGCCCCCGCAGACCCUCUACCUGUGAAAGCAGUAUUAAAGCAGCUUAUCAAAGGCUGGCCGGUUAGCUCAGUUGGUUAGAACGUGGUGCUGAUAACACCAAGGUCCAGGGUGUGAUCCCUGUACCGGCCAGCCACCAGAAAAAUAAAAAUAAAGGAGCUUUCUCUAUUGUAGAAGGGACAGGGAGUCAGAUCCCCUCUCUACCCCCAGCUUCAGGGAUUCCAGAAGUGCCUUGCAAGCUCCCCCAGAAUCCACAUCCCCUGCCACUAUUUGUUUUGUCCACUGUGUCUCUGAUUCUGAAUUGAACUAGAACUAUGGGCCAAAAUGGGGGGGGGGGGGGUGAGGGCAGGUGAAGAACCGCCCAAGCCCGAGCAUUUUCCCACUCAGGGCUUUCUGCUAGAAGUUGACCUCAGAGCCAGGGGGCUGAUUGUGUUUUCAGCAAGGUCUUUCCAAAUCUUACAUCCUGCUAGAAGAGGAUAUUGAGCAAUGUUUCCACAGCCUGCACUCACUGGCGACUUUCUGCUGUAAGAACUCAGGCUCCUCCAACCUGAGGACCCUUGAAGACCCAGUGACCAUUUCCUGAGCCGUGUCAUCAGUAGGGCCCAGUGAUGGGACGUUUCUUGCUAAUGGAGGACUUGUUUCUCAGGGAUGCUUUGGGGUUGGGCUGGAAGGGCGACAAGGCAAGGUUGUGUAACCUGCUGUCGCUGCGUGCACUUCAUGGACACAGCUUGAAAGUGGAAGAGGUUUUUUGUUGAGGCUCCUGCUUGGAGAUUAUGUACAGUUUGGAUCUUAACAUCUUAACCUCCCAGCUCAGCCAGCCUUCCUGCCUACCAAAGUCCAAACUCCGGUGGCACAGCACCUCGUUCGGUCCCUGAACACCAGCUGACGCCCCACGACACAACCGACAGUGUGAGGAUGGCUGAGUGGGUGGUUUAUGUUGCCACCUCCCUUACUCUAUGCAGCCAACACAAUCCCCUGCAGCCUUCAUGAGCUCAGCCUCUUCUUGGGGGAAUGUGUGAGGGGAAGGCCUGGUUCAAGUUCGAUUUUAUUUCUAGGGAGCCCCGUUUAUCCCUACUAGGGGCUGCCCCUAGAUCUUCAAAGUGAAGAUAUCUUUGUAUACCCACAAAUUAGAUGAGCAAGGUGAAAUGAAUAAAUCCUGUAAAAACAAAGUAUUUGGGGAAAGAGUCAAAAAAAAUUUUUUUUAGUUGCUUUAAUAUUAAAAUCAAAUUAAGGCCACUAAAAAAGGCUUAAGAUGCACCAUGGCCUGUCAAGAUUUCGUUGGCUGGUCCAUUGUCUCUAAACUGCUGCCAAAAAAACGGGGUGGAUCAGAUUGCUGUUAAUAAGGAGGAGCCCCUGUGAUAAAAAACAGCUUUGGCCGCAUCUGUACCUGAGCCAGUCUAAGCUUUCUGUUCACAUAAGGCUUUUCAAAAAGCUCGGCUUUAAGUAGCAACUGAGAGAGCUGCCUCAGGGUUUUCAGCAGAAUGGGAUAAUGUAGGGGAAAAAAAAAUUUUUUUUUUCGUAUCUUCUAAAAAUAAGGCAACUUUUUAAUUUUAUAAUUUUGGGGGGGUUUCACUCAAGAUGGUCUCUGGGGACAUGGAGCUGAUAUCAUUGUAAAUCACUGGGGGGAUGGAGGUUUGUUGAGUUUACAGACAGAAAUUAAACCGAAGGUUGUGGGAAAACCACUUCCUAGCUCCCAGUGACUGAGGUCAGGAACAGCCAUCUGCCAGUGCCUUCUUUCCUACCAUUUGCUAUUAGUGGCUUGUCUUUCCACAGGCAGUUUUGGUGGAAAAUUGCCGUGACCAUGGUGGUUUGGGGUUGUGCUUUUUUUUUUUUUUUUUUCCUGUGGCUGGCGGGUAUGGGGAUCCGAACCCUUGACCUUGAUGUUUUAACACCACGCUUUAACCAGUUGAGCUAACCAGCCAGCUGGGGUUCUUCCGUUUUCUUCUUUCUUUUUUUUUUUUUUUUGCCUUCUCUGAGAGUCAUGUUCUUGCGUCUUUCCUAUUCCACUUAGAAAAACAAGUAAGGUGUCUGAAUGUUGAAGCGAUCAUUUCUGCUACUGGCUGUUCCUUGACAGUCCUGAAACACACUACUGAACUAGCUCUCAGCUGGCCGUGUAUAUCCUGGAUGUGAUUCUUCUGCAUGUCCAAUUUGGAAAAAAUGUGCACUUUUCUCUACAAGAAAAAUUAAA